GAACAAUGAAUGGAAAGAGGCGGUAAAACAAGUUUGUCUGAGAAGAGAAGCAGACAUUGGAGGAAGAGGAGGAAGGAGGAGGAGGAGGAGAGGAGGAGGAGGAAGGAAAAAGAGGGGGAGGAAGGAAGGAAAAAUGAAUGAGGAGGAGGAGGAAGGAGAAGAAAAGGAAUAA